UUUAUAAAAAGCCGAGAAGAGAGGACUAGUGGGAUUAUAAGGGACCUGAGCUAAGCCUAAUGAGCUCUUUAUUAUUGGGAGAGAAGGAGAAAUUCUUAGGUAGCGCUUUAAAUUUUGGCCACUCUGUUCUCUGUGUGUAAUUGUUGAAGGACCUCACAAUAAAUACAAUACGAUGCAUUGACUCCAUUAGAGUCACAGAUUCACACCCUUCAGCGACCCUUCUCUAUUUCUUGAGGUUCUUGGCCUUGAUUGCUUCGCUAGUAUGUGAAAGAAGCUAUCAUUUUCUUGAUUCUCCGAUGGGUUGUUGUGUAAGCACUCAUGGCCAUGGAACUUCAACAAAGAGCCAGAAUUUUCAAGUGGGAUCUGAGUCUUUGAAACCCAAGUCAACUCGUGAAAGUAGAGCUCCUCCCCCUUCUGUUGAAGAAGAAACAGUCAAAGAAGUCCUUUCUGAAACUCCCAAACUCAAACCAUCAUCAUCAUCACCACCGCUAAAACUACCCCAACUUCUAAAGCCGAUCAAGAAUCCACUACAGGAACUCCAACAUCAAGAAACUAAAAAGAAGAAAAUCCACAUUGAGCCACCAUUUCUUGAUGAGAAGAUCGAACCAAAUAGGCACAAGGAUGAACUCAUUUUCCAAGAAGAAGAGAUCGCUGAACAACAAUCGUCAGAAGUCUGCAGUUUGAGUUUCAGCGAGACUGUGUCAACUACGACCUUCAACAAUGACAAAAGGGAUGACGACGACGAUGAUGAUGGCGAGGAAGUGAAGCAAAGAGUAAAGAAAUCUCCAGUAGCGAAACUGGCUCCAAGAAACAGGGCAGUCGUGGGCGAUUUUGGCCCCAAGCGAGACAGGGUUGUGGGGAAGUCACCCAACAGUAGAACGGAUCAGUCGCCGGACAAAAGAAACAAUGCAGGUCGUGGAGGUUCAGUGAGGUUGGUUCAAAACAAGGAAUCGGGUACUUAUCAGGCGGGAAGGCGAGGGUUGAAGCCUGACACGAAUGGGAGAGACCCAGGGGAGAGCUCCGGAAGGAGGUCCAGGUCGCCUGCCACAAAUAGAUCUACAAUGGGUCGUAGCCCGUCAUCAAGGAGGGUGAACGGGUCUCCGGGUCGGGCAAAAACGGAAAUUCCCCGGAGCGGUGGCGGUGGCACGGAGGGCAAGUGGCAAAGCACAUCAAAUACUAAUGGUACAACAGCAAAUGAAUCGCUUGAAAACCCGCUUGUUUCCCUUGAAUGUUUCAUCUUUCUAUAAAGAGUGACAACAUUCUCGCCGGAAUGACUGUUCUCCGGUGGGUUUAUUGGUUCAUUUAUUUCUGAGGGGUGGUUUAAUUUGCUUUCGUUGCGUAUAUCGAUCAAAGGUCAAUUUGGGAAUGAGGACUGCAGGAUAUGUUAUUGUGUUGUCAUGGAUACUGGAUAUGCAAUUCCAUUAAUUGACCUGUCGUUUUACUUCA